AUGUAUUUCGUGGUUGUCUUAACCACCGAAAAUUCCGUUGGCGUUGUUGGAGAGAAGUGGUUCGACGAGCACGAAAAGAGUCGUGUCAUGUGGCCAGAUAACCCAAGGGUACUGGGUAACUACUUCACAUUAGAGGAGGCUCGCCGUAGCGCUAAGCUGGCGGAGGAGACCUCCAAUCUGUCCAGCUCUGAACCCAUGCAGAAAGGCAAGGGUUGCCGAAGGAAAAUUCGCCGUCGGCUAACGUCGGAUUCUGAAGACGAAGUCAGUGAUAAAGAAAAUGAGCCACCACUCGCUGAACGCGCACUGGGUUGGCCCAGCACAUCUCAGCUCUCCGUUGUAAAAUCUCCCGCAACUGCCGCUCCAUCCACGUCACAGUCCGCUGAGUUGCUCCCUGCAACCAUGCUGGCGUGGAUGAAGGCGAUGGAGGACUGUCUUGAAGCCCUAGAGGCUCUUAUUAGACAAAGUAAUGAAUUGAAUAGGCGUGCCUCUGAUAAGAUUACUACAAAACUUGAUAUGCUUGUGAAGCGAGUGGAUCACAUUCCUUCGGAGCAUAGUGUGCUUCUCGCCAAAGUUGAGAAAGUCGGUGCUGCUGUCUUUGACAGCCACCGUUCAAUACCUACAGGCUCGAUGGCAGCAGUGGGGCGUUUGCCACUCUGCUCACAAGAGAGCCUCUGUCAUUUCCUUGACCGCUUUAAGUCAGACAAAGACUGCAGCAAACGGAACCCGCCAAUAUUGCUGAAUGCGAGGCAAGUACUUCGCAGUAUCACGAUCAAUCUAUAUUGGAAGGACCAUAUUCACAAUAUGAUGACCAUUCACUGA